AUGACGUCACAUCCUCAACAACCUUUUACCUUUAUGGAGGACGAAAAUUGUCAGCUACUUGAAAAUGCGCAUUCUGAGUUUAACAAACGCAAUUUUGACAAGGCAGAGGAGUUGUAUGCAAGAUUUAUCUCUUCCUGUUUACAGUCCAGGAACUGUGAAGCCUCCAAACUGGCUACCUCUUACAACAAUCGUGGUCAGAUAAAGUACUUCCGGGUGGAUUUUUAUGAAGCAAUGGAGGACUACACCUCCGCUAUACAGACUGACUGCCAGUGUCCAAUCCCUUUCUACAACAGAGGACUCAUCCGCUAUAGAUUAGGAUUUUUUGAAGAUGCCAAAAGUGACUUCCAACAAGCACUCAAGCUAGAUGCUAAUUUUGAAGAUGCUAAAAUGAGCCUGCAACAGACACUUCUGGACCAACAGGAAAAGUUAAACAGAGGAUACUGAUGAUUUUACACAAGCAUCUGUGUGUAACCUCUUGAAAACCUGAUUUCUCUGAUACUUAGUGAAUGUCCUUUCAGAUAUUUGAGGACAUUUGGACAGGCACUUGUUGUCACACUGAAGAUGAUAAAAUAUUUAUUUUUAUAAGCAGUAAAUGUUAGUGAAAAAACAGAUCAUUAAUCUGUUUUUUCAGACUUGUGAAUCCUUUUCUGGUUGUACUUCAUGCUUGAUUUCUGAGUUUUAUUAUUGCUGAUUUAAAAAAAAAUCUUAUCUGAGAUCUAUUUGUUUCAGUUAGGUAUAAUAUUUUCAUUGUAAGGCUUCCUGUACAUGUUGUUAAAGAAACACUGAGGAAUAGAUGCCUUAAUUUUGGGCAAAUUUGGGCAACAUAUAAAUAGAAACAGUCUUACCCUAGACUUAACCUCAGUCGAUCACAGAAGAUGACUGAUCAAACUGAACAUAACACUGCUGUAUGGUUCUUCUUGCUGAAAGGGAGUUCUUCCUUUCAACUAUUGUUGCAUGAAGGAUUUCUGCAAAGUCAGAAUCAUAAUGCAGUCAGCUAGGCAUCAAUAAAUAGAAAACUGUCACCAACUUUCAUAACAUGAUCAACUGAAUUUGACUGCAUUUUCAUAGAUGUAGGAUAGAACUGGCUGUUACUGGAUCUGAGACUAUAUGUGAUUACCUUGAAUUAGCAUGAAUGACACUGAAAUGAAAACAUGUAUUUAUUGAUACAAAUUGAAUGUGUUUGUCUUGUAAAGUGCAUUGUGAUGUCACAUGCUGUGAUGUAUUGAUAAAUCGAAUUGAAAACCUGACUGAAAAA